UAUUAAAAGCUUUUCCGCUUCCCCACACUGUCAACAUUUGCAGCGAUGUCGGAGCCGGAGUCUCUGCGGGGCUCCAGUGCCAGAAACCGUGGAGGAGUACAGAGGGUGGAAGGAAAACUGAGAGCCAGCGUAGAAAAGGGGGAUUACUAUGAAGCACACCAGAUGUACAGGACUUUAUUUUUUAGGUACAUGUCACAGGCAAAACAUGCUGAGGCCAGGGAGCUGAUGUACAAUGGAGCUCUACUCUUCUUCAGCCAUAACCAGCAAAACAGCGCAGCAGACCUGUCCAUGCUGGUGCUCGAGGUGUUUGAGAAAUCUGAGGUAAAAGUUGAAGAUGAACUAUUAGAAUGCCUGGCGAAGCUGUUCAGCCGGAUGGAGCCGAACUCUCCGGAGAGGGUAGCGUUUGUGUCCAGAGCCUUGAAAUGGUCCACAGGAGGGCCCGGCAAACUGGGACACCCAAAACUACACCAGCUGCUGGCUGUCACUCUGUGGAAAGGUAACAUGGAUCAGCAAUGUGACCCAGUGUACAGGGUUAUAACUCAUGUUUGACACAAGUCAGAAUAC